AUGGAUUUUUGGAAUAGUAUCACAAAUACAAUCAAUGAACAAUUUAGAAUCACCUAUACAGGAUAUCAAUGUAAGAAUAAAUUUCAACAUCUUGUAAGAGAUCAUAACUUGAUGUAUCAAUACAUAGCUGGGAGCAGAACUGGCAAGAGAAGCAGAACUGGUGAGCGAUAUUUUGAAGAAUUUCGUUCUCGUUUUUGGGAGAGACAGGAAACAGCAUUUGACUUAAUGCAUAGUGCAAACACAUCUGCCAGAAGACGCCACCGUAACCGUACUCCACCGCCAACCUAUGAAGUAUCAUCAAUUCCAAGUAUGAGUCGUCGUGAAUCUACUACCAAUCAAAGACAUCGAUCCGCAUCACCCACCCGAAGAGUUCCUAGAAGGGAUGAGAAUAGUAAUCGAGAUGAUGCAAAUAAUAGCAUAAGUCAGCCUUUGGUUGAAAAUAAUACAGGUAGAGAUUCAGGACAUAACGCGAAUGAUGUAGGUAGAAAUUCGGGUCAUAACGUAGAUGAUACAGGUGGAGAUUUGGAUGGAAAUUUAGAUGAUACGACAUACGAUUUUUCAUCUGAUUUGACAAAUAUUACCUCAGCCCUUAAUAUAUCCGCAUCACAAAAUGACAGUGAUAUUAGUAUGCCCGAUAUGGGAGGAGGUAGUCAGCCACUGGAAUCUAUAAAUGAGGAGGGAAGGAAUGCCAACUGGAAAAAUAAUUGGCAUUUUGGGACUGUGCAAAAAGGUAGUAGUCAACCUACUAAGUGUAAUUCUCCGGGUAAUCCAGCAUAUCAGAUCAAUAUUCCGAUAAGUGAUGUAUUUUAUGACCCACCUAUUCCAGCUAUUGGAUAUAUUCCACUGGUUUCUUAUCCUCAUCCUGCAAUUCUUGAUGGUAAUUUCAUCAUUGAUCUUUAUGAAAUUUAG